UCAAGGAUUAGUGCUAGAAAAGAAUUCAGAAAGCCGGAUUGUGAUGGAUAGUCUUGUAAGGUUGGCUGGAUUUAUGCCUGUACUUUAUUUGGGUGAAGUCUGUCAGGUACUUGCUGGAGAGGGCUUGAAGGGAUUUUGGGGUAGGGAAGAUUCCUUCGAGAUAGAUUGUAGCAGUUGAAGAUUGGAGGGAGGAUUCGGAGAUGCAUUUAAGGAAAGAUUUGAGCGUCAAUUUGUCAUGAUUCAAAAUUUAAGGAUUGAAGGCUGAAGAUGCUGUUGAGUAAGAUCCCAAAUUGUUUGCUAGUUAACAAUAAAUUGCUAAAUUGUAAAAUCUUUGUAACUUUCGUGACCAGUUUCACACAGCAUGCAAAAAUGGUCUUAUCAAAUGCUUUAUGAUACAAUGAUAUCUUUCCUGAUAUCCGUCAAUCUCUUAUCUCUCCUAUUUUGAGUUGUUGAAUAGCAUCACAGAUCUUGGUUCUUCUCUUUCCUCCGAUUAUACUAACCUGCAUUGUUUCCAAAAUCUUAUCAAAAACUGUGAUUUUUCCAACUUUCUUACUCCUAGUCGCAAUAUAUGGAGAGAAGAUUUCUAAAACACCUUGGAUCAUAAUAAAUCUUUUAUACUUGGCAUAAUCGCCUCCAGGAGUGGUGGUAAAAUACAGUGGCCACUCCUCAUUCGCUCUUUUGUUGUAGACCCUCCUGAAAGUGGUCUCCUGGUCAAGGGCUUUUUGCUCGUAUUUUGUUCUGAACAAGGACUCCAUUAGUUUUAU